AUGCAGACGGGCGGCGCAGGCGACUUACCAGCGCUACCGGCCGCAGGCGGUGCGCUCACUGACGACGUUCAGAUCCCACGCCAGGCAAAUGCAAUCGGUACUUCGUCAGAGGGGAUGACAACGACAAGCUUUCGAGCACCACUUCCAUUCGACAGGUGCACCAUCUCCUCCCAGCAGCGCCGCGGCGGCAACCUCGUUUUGUUUGUGAAGUCCAACGAGAACGAGUCGGAGGUGGCGUCGAGGGGCACGACGCUCGGGUCUCAACAACAGCAGUAUUCCAACGGCGGCUGUGCGGAUGGCAAUAUAGAAAGCUCAAGCGAGGAGGGCGACCAGAGCGUUAGCAAGGAUCAGGAAAGGCUUCUCUCUGCGGUCGUCUCGGCAUCUGCGGGCGCGAUUGGAUCGGUGGGUAGCAUUACCACCAGCGCGGCGCGCAAACCCCUCGUCAUAGCUGCCCUUGUGCUGCUCUAUUUCAUCCUGCUCGACAUCGUUCUUUUGAGCGGGAAUGAGCGACUGAGUCGUGUGUUGCGCCGCAUGCGAGCUGCCGAUGACGACGCGCUGAUAUUGCUUUCCACCAGCUUGGUUCGGCAGAUGUCAGAGGCGAAGCGAGAGGUGCGCGAUGCUGUGACGGAGCGCGGUAGGAACAUGAAAGUGGAGGAACUUGCGAUGGCCCGACAGAAGGUGGAAGCGCUGGAGCGGGCAUGUAACCGCAGCGUCUCACGCCUGCAUGCGAAGCUAAUGUUUCCUGGCAGCAUCGACGAUCUCUUCUUCCUCAUUGAAGAGCAUUCUACAUACGACGAGAGACUACGUGACUUGGCGGCGCACGAGUUGCUCUGGACGACGACGGUGAUGACCGAGCAGGUCGUGCAGGUGAGCGGGGGCGGUGCGGAGGAGUCGAGGUCACGUGCGCCGGGUACAACAAGACCAGCGAUGCAUUUGUGGGCCGAGGAUGGCGAUGAGCUCCCUUCAGUGGAGAAGGAGAAUGUAGAUGCGGAGUCGAACUCACUGCGUAAUGUGCGACUACAUCGUGUACGUGGGAACAAGGCGCCAGGCAUGUCGGCAAGGCGCAGUUAUGCGCAGCGCCGCUACACUGGGGCAAGAGGCACUGCUGCGUUGCGCUGGCAGUCAGGCCACACGAACAGAUUUACGUUCGCAGUACACGGGGCCAAGAAGGUACUAGGGGGACUUCUCAUAGUUCUUCGGAACAAGUGUGUCGCCUUUGUGCUGAUUUGCGUACUGCUCUCCAGCGUGUUGCGGAUGGGCUGA